CUGCUGUCCACUGGCUUCUCUUUCUAAGUCUCGAAGCUGUAGGAAGAGGAAUCUAGUCGAGUACCAGCUGGCUGCCCUCCUCAGCGCUCCAAGCUGCGCCAUGCUUACUCUCCGCAGCGGCCUAACUAGGGCUCUGGCCGCGCGGACCUUGACGCCUCAGGUGUACUCAUCUUUUUCUACAGGACCUAGACAAUACGAUGGAACGUUCUAUGAAUUUCGUACCUAUUAUCUUAAGCCUUCAAAGAUGAAUGAGUUUUUGGAAAAUUUUAAGAAAAAUGCACAUCUUCGGACAGCUUACUCUGAAUUGAUUGGAUACUGGAGUGUAGAAUUUGGAGGCAGAAUGAAUAAAGCAUUUCAUAUUUGGAAGUAUGAUAAUUUCGCUCAUCGAAUCGAAGUUCGGAAAGCUUUGGCCAAAGAUAAGGAAUGGCAAGAACAGUUUCUCAUUCCAAAUUUGGCUCUUAUGGAUAAACAAGAGAGUGAGAUUGCUUAUCUCGUACCAUGGUGCAAAUUAGAAAAGCCUCCGAAAGAAGGAGUCUAUGAAUUGGUUACUUUUCAGAUGAAACCAGGUGGGCCGGCUCUGUGGGGUGACACAUUUAAACGGGCAAUCAAUGCCCAUGUCAAUCUAGGCUACUCAAAACUGAUUGGAGUUUUCCACACAGAAUAUGGAGCACUCAACAGAGUUCAUGUUCUCUGGUGGAAUGAGAGUGCAGACAGUCGUGCCGCCGGGAGGCAUCUGGCUCAUGAGGACCCCAGAGUCGUGGCAGCUGUUCGGGAAUGUGUCAAUUACCUGGUAUCUCAGCAGAAUAUGCUUCUGAUUCCUACAUCAUUUUCACCAUUGAAAUAGUUUUCCACCAAAAUACAAAGCAUUUUAUGAAACGUCUUAAGAUGUAUCUGCUAAUGAUACUUAAAUUCUCCUAAGGGCAUCUCACUUUUGUUUGAAGAAGGUGGUAAGUUAAUUCGCUAUAACUCGGCAUUUUUAAAGCCACCUCUGUUGUUUGUCAUUACCACCUUAGAAAAUAGUCUGUUCAUUUUCCCCAUGGUUUUUCGGUAGCUAUUAUACAUUAGAAAUAGCUGCCACUAUUCAUGAUUUUGAUUUUUCAUUUCUUUCAGAAUAUCUCUUACUCUAUUUUGAUGACCCUUUCUUUGCUUUACGGCAUUUCCUACGUUUAAGUGAUGUGCUUAUAUUUCUGUGCCUGACCGUAUUUUAAAACUGUUUGCAUGCAAUGUGUUUAUUUUCAAUGUCUUUUUUUCUGAGAUUUAAAAAAAAUUGUUUCUAGUAAAGUUUAUUUUGUAACAUCAAAUGGGAUUCAUAAGACUAUUAAAGCAAAUGUAUUUUUUUUAAUCUUCACCCGAGGACAUUUUUGCAUUUAUUUUCAGAUAGAGCAGGAGGGAGAGAGGGGGAAAAGAG